AAAUUCCUCUAGUGUUACGUUCACAUAAACGAGCCUUUCACUGUGGCUGCACUGAUCUGAGUUAAGAGGGCUUAAAGGGUCGGGUAGAAAACUUUAGAUUCCUCCACAUCAGCAGCAAGCCACAGUCGGGUGGCCUGUGGAGUGAGUUUAAGGUGAUGGUGACUGUGACCACGGUCCUGCAGUUUUUGGGCCUGUUUGUCACAGAGCUCAUCAGCUCGAUCACCGACUGGUUCCAGACCAAACCAGCAUGGGCCAACCUGGAGGUGCUGGAGGACACAGAGCUGAAGACCACAGGAGGAGUCCAUGAAAAACACAAAGCCAAAACCCUGUGGGAGAAGACUGGAGCUGUGGUCGUGGUUGUACGACGACCUGGAUGAUUAUUGUGCAGAGAGGAGGCCGCUGAGCUGUCCUCUCUCAAGUCCCAGCUGCAGGACCUUGAAGUCCCGCUUUUUGCUGUGGUGAAAGAAAACCUUGGCAAAGAGCUGGACAGCUUCAAGAAGUACUUCUCUGGGAAAGUCUACGUGGAUCAACAGAGAAAUUUCUAUGGCCCACAAAAACGAUGGAUGUUUCUCUCCAUGUUCCUGCGUGUUGGUGUGUGGAGGAACCUGUGGCGGGCUUAUCGAAGGGGCUUCAGGGGAAACCUGAGAGGUGAAGGACUUGUCCUGGGUGGAGUCUUCGUCAUUGGACCCGAAGAUCAGGGUAUUCUCCUGGAGCACCGUGAGAAGGAGUUUGGGGAUAAAGUGAAUAUGCUGGCGGUCCUCAGAACAGCCCGGAAAAUGCAAAAAAGCCUGGCAACAUAGAGCUCAGAAUGUGAACGUUUGUUAGUGUGGCAUUGUGUCAUAGUGGAUGAUGUGGCCAAAAAUGAUAUCAAGAUAAAAUGAUAGAUAUUGAUAAUUAUCACCGUAAAUAUCAUCUGGUUUAAAGACAGAUUUUUUGGUUAUAUAAGUAUAUGUUAUACCUCCUCACUGUGUUUACACAAUGCAUAAGCAAUAAUCAUCAAUGUAGCCCAUAUUAGACGCCUGUUGCUGCUGAUAAAAAUUAUGUUGCGAUAAUUUGAAUGCCCAGUUCUAUGUUAUAGUGUUUCCAGAUUCAUGUCUUUCAGUCUGAGGCUGGAUUUUUGUCUACAUCACUGUACCAUGACUUACAACACAUAUAACACAAACUCUCACUCAUGUUGCAGCUGCAUGAUCUCAAUGUGUUUUAGCUGCUGCUGGUUUCAGGGUGUGUUAAAGGGAUAGUUCACCCUAAAAUAAAAAUUCACUCAUUGUUCCAACUCUAAAACUUUUGGAGUUUCAGGGGUAAACAGCGUUGCAGACAGAUCCAGUACAAUUGAAGGAAAUGGUGACUCCUCAAACGUAUAUAAACAACAGAAAACCCCCCACAACAUGUUUGCAUAAUACGUUUGAAGACUCUGUCACCAUUUACUUCAACUGUAUUGGAUUUGGCUGCAGCACUGUUUACCCCUGAAACAGUGUUUUGUGGACUCAAGCACUUUACCCACCCCCUCCCCCAUAGUGGUGAGUAGAUAAUGAGUGCAUUUUCAUUUUGGGGUGAUCUGUCCCUUGAAGCGCAGCAACAACUAAAAUGUGCCACUUUAUAAAGUUUAUUUUCCACUGUCUGCAAACCUGGUCUUGGAAGUGUGAUGUUGUUUCGUGUGUUUUAAUGAAGAUCUGUUUCUAAAACUCUGCAGAGAGACAGCUCUGAUGUCCACACACUAACUCAUCACUUUAAAACAAGACAGAGUUGUGAUGACGUGAUGGAGAAUAAACAGCUGAAGUGAUGGAUGGCUCUGUUCUGUUCGACAUCUCAUAAUAAAACAGUGCUCAUGUCCCGCUGA